GAAUAUGAACCGUAAAUCAAAUGUCUUCACGUAACUGACGAAAUGGGUAUAAAACGUGAAGCUCGAUUCGGCCGCUAUCUACAGUAGCGUUUAACAUUUCCCAUUUCAACGAUUGGACCGGUCGAGAUGCAGGCAGGUACUCAGGAAUCCGUGAUCGAUGCAACCGACGAAACACCGGAAUGGCUUAAUGCAGAAUAUUUUGAAAAAGUGCUCCAGAAAGUACGAGAUGAUACAAGUCUUAGCGUUCAACAGGUUGAAGUGAAGUCUGCUUUUCCGAAAGGUGUGAACUACGCUAGUAUUAUCUACCGAGUUCGGGUAGUUUUCCGUGCGAAAGAUCAAUUUAACUGUACUCGAAGUUAUAUCGUCAAAGCAAUGCCGGAAGAAGGAUUGGCAAAACAGAAACUCGGUGAAUACAACGUUCACGGGAAAGAAAUGGAUAUUUAUCAACUUGUUAUACCCGAAUUGAAACAGUUAAUGCGAUCGAUUGGAGAUAAUUCCGUUCUUUAUCCAACUACAUUGACUAUUGAUAGAACGAAAAAUAUAAUGGUUUUCGAUGACCUCUCUUCAAAGGGUUAUAUAAUGGCAGAUCGAUUCGCAGGACUAGAUUUACUUCACACUAAAUUAACCCUCAAACUGAUGGCAAAAUUACAUGCUGGCUCACUGGAGUUAACAUCAAUGCAUCCUACAAUUUUCAAAGGAUACAAAACCGGAAUGGUAACCCGUGAAACCGAUGCGUUCUACCCGUUGUUCUAUUCAAACUUUGACGCGUUAACCGAAGAAAUCAGUACAUGGGAUCAGGAAUGGCAUUACUAUGCAAACAAACUUCGGAAACUGCGGCCUCACUUUGUCGAACAAGGACUGAAAGUUUAUGAUCACCAAAGCGACGAUGAUCUACGGGUUCUGUCACACAGUGAUUUGUGGGUCAACAAUCUUCUGUUCAAAUACGACGCAAACGGAAAACCAAUAGAUGUUGUCCUUCUGGAUUUCCAGUUCUGCUGCUAUAGCACACCGAUCGUCGAUUUGUGCUAUUUCAUUUUUACAUCUACCCAAGAUUUCCUAAGACAGAACUGCUUUGAUGAACUUGUGCAAUAUUAUUACUAUAAUCUAGCGAACUAUGUGAAGAAAUUGAAGUACACAGGAAAAUUUCCUACUCUACAUGAGUUCCAAAGGCAGCUCUUGAAGAAAUUAUUCUACGCCGUUUUCACGAGCAUUGUAUGCUUGCCGGUGCAGAUUAAUGAGGAUACAACCGACGCCGAUUUCGACGCUCUUCUAGGGAGUGAUGAACGGGCGUGUCGUUUUCGGAAAACCGUCAUGAGCAACAAAAAGUAUCACAAAAUCAUCAAAGGGCUCUUACCGACCUUCGACCGAAAAGGUUUACUCGAAAAGUUAGAGUGACAUCAUAAAGUCACUCGACUCAAGCGUACUGCUGUUGGUAGUACGCCUCAGGACACGGCACUUGGUCGGAAAGCUUGAAUAGUACCACUAAAAUUAAACUUUAUUUUGGAAUAAGUUUUUCUGGAGGGUGUAUCAAAUAUGAGGUUCAUUUGGUUUUCGGAUUUCACUCACAUAUUGUCGUAAGUGUAAAAUAAACGUAAAUUGAUAUUCCCCUGAAAUUAACUCAUAUGUGUAAUAAAUAUUCGUAUAUAUUAGAUCUCAGGAAAAUUAUAGACGAUUUCAGAAAAAAAUAUUUGCUUUAAUAAAGAUAAGAAGUACCAAAUUUUCCUUGCGGUUAAGCUACCUCUUUUGGUGUGAGUACAUCUUACUUUACUAUGGCCACCUAUUCAAAAUUCGCCCUGUAGAAAAAUGGAUACACAGUUCGAAAAAUUCUUGAUCUUGAUUUUACAUCUUAUAAGAUGCACAUAAAUGGAGCGUCGUAUUUCGCACAAAUUUUUAUUCAAGAACACGUAAAAUUGUGUGAUUUGAAAAUUACAUGGCUUGAAUUCGAACAAAAUAAAAAAAACAAAAGAUAAAUAGCAGCAGUGCGACUUGAACCGAAAAACAUUAGAUCACAAGCACAUCGGUUACUCGACUGAACUACAGAGCUCAUAUCUAUUCAUUGAAUAAUUGAUACAUAUAAAUCCAUACAGUGGCACUUAGUAGCCGAGUACAAAUUACACUCGGCGCGUUCAAAAUUCUAUGCGAGUGGAAUGUUGCGUCAUUUGAAAGAUUAAGUAGUUGUGAAUUGUAUCGUUUGUAAAAAUCUGUCACCUUUAAAGCACAUAAUUUUUUUCUGUGUAGAACUUAAUCGUGAAUAUCUCGAGUUGUACUAAACGAAACAGCAUAAUUCUUUCUCCAUGUAAUCAGAAAUAUGAUCAGCAAUUUAUGAUUAAACUUUCAACAAUGUGAGAUAACCAUACAUAACUCAAAAAUAUAGUUCUUUCAAACUUUUGUGAUCAA